AUGGCUCACUUGUCCGACAGCGGCUACACCAAAGAUAAGGACGGCUAUGUCGGCGUCCAAGACGCGGACGUGGCCAUGAUGCCGGCGCCCGUCGCCAAACCGUACCAGGUCAAGUCGCCGUUGCUGCGCGAGUGCAUGGCCGAAUUCAUCGGCACCAUGGUGCUCAUCAUGUUCGGCGACGGCGUCGUGGCCCAAGUCGUGUUAAGUGAGAACACUAAGGGUGAAUACAUUAACAUCAACUUGUGCUGGGGUCUCGGCGUGCUCUUCGGAAUCCAUGCGUCCGGCGGCGUCUCAGGUGCGCACCUGAACCCGGCCGUGACCACGACUCUGGCCAUCUUCGGCCGCCUCGAGUGGCGCAAGGUGAUCCCGUACAUCAUCGCGCAGAUCUUGGGCGCAUUCGUGGCUGCGUUCCUGGUGUGGGCGGUCUACUGCCCCAUGUUUAGCACCAUUGACCCCAGCAAGGAUUCGACCGAGAGCGUCUUUGCCACUUACCCGUACAGCAACGAUGUACCGGUCGGCACCUGUUUCCUGACGGAAGUGGUAGGUACGGCAUUGCUACUGGGCGGCAUCUUCGCCAUCGGAGAUGAGCUCAACAAGCCCGCUAGUCCGUACAGCCAACCCGGAGCAGUGGCACUGCUGGUCGUGGCGAUUGGCAUGGCGUUCGGCAUGAAUUCAGGCUAUGCCAUUAACCCGGCACGCGACUUCGGCCCGCGCCUCUUCUCGCUGUGUGCCGGCUGGGGCUCGCGCGUCUUCACCUUGCGCGAUCACUACUUUUGGGUCCCGAUCGUCGGCCCCCUUCUGGGCGGCGCGAUCGGCGGCGGUAUCUACGUUGGUCUCGUGGAGCAUCAUCACCCGCGUGACUACAUACAUCCGCUCGACAACUAAGGUCGGCCGUGUAUCUUCAUUUACUGUAGCUCUCUUACCCAGCUCAUUCUCUUUAAUGAAUGUCGCUUGUGCUUCUCGCUCUAUCCAGC